AUGCCGGAAGACGUUGAGGCAAAUGGGACAGAGGUCUCAGAUGCCUUGUCCGAUAAUGAGAACGAGUACGACGACAUGGAACAACGUAUCAAGGACGAAGAUGCUAAGAUGACUGACCAAAACACGUCGCCUGAGCCUGGCAGCGCCGACCAUUCAGGAGAGGUCAAGAAGAAGUACGAUCCUAAAGACCCCCACCGUCCAAGAAGAAAGAAGGCGAGGCGUGCGUGUUAUGCUUGCCAGAGAGCCCAUCUCACAUGCGGAGAUGAGCGUCCAUGCCAAAGGUGCAUAAAACGCGGUCUUGCGGACGCCUGCCAAGACGGGGUCCGGAAGAAAGCCAAAUAUCUUCACGAUGCUCCUCCGGAGGCUUUAAGACCGGUUUUGAGGACCGACUUACAACCCGGCGGUUCAUACAAAGCCCACGAAUGGGAGACACCUGUCUAA